AAUUUUCUUAUCCUUUCCUCUUUCUUUCUUCUUCAAUUAUAGAGUCUUCUGAAACCCGCUUUUAUGACCUCAAGAUCGAUCUCUGCAAUGGAGGAAAAGGGAGGAAGGGGCAGUGGCCACCGAACCGUUUGUGUUACAGGUGGUGCAGGUUAUCUUGGCUCUUCUUUGGUCAAGAAGCUCUUACAGAAAGGGCACACAGUCCAUGCAACUCUCAGGAAUCUGGAUGACCAAUCAAAGGUAGGCCUUCUCAAGAGCUUCCCUGAAGCAAAUACCAAAUUACGGUUGUUCAAGGCUGAUAUCUAUAAUCCCGAUGAGUUCAAUACUGCCAUCCAGGGCUGCGAUUUCGUGUUCCAUGUGGCCACUCCCUUACAAAGCAACACCCAAAGUUCUCAAUACAAAGACACGACUGAAGCAGCGGUAGCAGCAGUGGAGAGCAUAGUGAAGUCCUGCAUAAGAUCAGGAACAGUGAAGCGACUCAUAUAUACUGGCUCUGUGGUUGCUGCAUCACCAUUGAAAGAGGAUGGUUCUGGUUUCAAGGACUCCAUGGAUGAGUCUUGUUGGACACCUCUUAAUCUUCCAAUUAAUUACUACGGUUUCGAGACUCUGAAGGAUUAUACCUAUUCGAAAACUAUAUCAGAAAAAAAGUUACUGAGCUAUGCAUGUAAAGAGAAUAAAAUGGAAUUGGUGAGCUUGGCUUGUGGCCUCGUGGGAGGAGAUACUGUUCUAUCUUACAUAUCUGGAAGCAUUGCAUGCCUUAUGUCCCAACCUUUAAAUGAUCCAAUUUCUUAUCAAAGCCUAGAAUUUUUACAAGAGUUGAUGGGUAAGGUUCCUAUUGUGCACAUUGAUGAUGUAUGCGAAGCUCAUAUCUUCUGUAUGGAUCAAAGGUCAUUGCAGGGAAUAUUUUUGUUUGCAAGUGACUUCCUAAGUACAAAGGAGAUUGCAGAUUACUUCUGUCUAUAUCAUCCCGAAAUUUGCAUUGCAGAAGAGUUUCAUGGACGGAAUGGUAGUGAAGUGCGUUGGGGUUCAACAAAGCUGAAUGAUGUGGGAUUUAAGCCCAACUAUGAUGCUAAGUUGAUAUUAGAGGACAGUUUACAGUUCUUGAGGAAGAUGGGUUCUUUCAAAUGAAGUAUUUGACAAAUGUGCACGUGUGGCCAUAUGAGAGAGAGACAGAGAGAGAGAGAGAGAGAGAGAGAGAGAGCGAGCAUAUAUAUCUGGGCUCAUAUUAUAGCUUGAACUGUGGGCUCAUAUAUUGCUUGAAGAAGUCCAGUAAAGCGAAGUAUCAUUUAGACAUCUAGAUAAUCUAUCAUGAGAAUUGAUACAAUUAUGAGGUGCAUGCAUGCUUUGAAUUUCCUAUUGUUGCUUUAAAUUCGUUCUAGUAAUAUUUCUAAACUAUUUAUUGCA